CUGUCCUUUUAUUCAAAACUGGCAAGACGUGGAGACGUUUCGCCGGGAUGUAGAGUUUCUCAAUCAUCGGGGUACAAUGAACAAAACUUCAAACCGAGGCUGACGUCUGAAAGUAUUGUUAUUCUCGUUCAGGUCCACAAUCGCCCGGAUCAGCUACAGAUGCUGGUUGACUCAUUUCGCAGAAUGAGAUACAUCGACGAAACUUUAGUAAUAUUUAGCCAUGAUUUCUACUCCCAGGACGUUUUUGAUGUCAUAGCCAAGAUAGAUUUCUGUCCCUAUGUUCAGAUAUUUUAUCCGUAUGCUAUUCAAGUAUAUAACAACCAGUUCCCAGGUGAUGAUCCUAAAGAUUGUCCGAGGAACUUGAAGAAGGAAGAAGCCCGGAAACGGAAGUGUAACAAUGCCGAGUAUCAACAUACUUACGGACAUUACCGAGAAGCCCCGUACACGCAAAUCAAACACCACUUACUGUGGAAGCUUCAGUUCAUUUUCGAGAACUGUUCCUUGCUUAGAACUAAUAUUUCGAAUAGAAGAAGAUUACUAUUUGGCGGAGGAUACGAUAGACUACAUGAGAAAGCUGGACCGGCAGGCUAGGAUUCAGUGGCCAGAGUAUAAAAUGUAUAUCAUGGGUGAGUACUCUGACUAUUCACACGUAAAAUACAAGUCAAGCGCUGCGAGAAAAUAUCGUUGGUAUACAGGAAUCGGGAGAGGAAUGGCCUUCAGGAAAGAGGCCUGGAAGCUCGUUAAAGAAUGUGUGAAAUCGUUCUGCCUGUUCGAUGACUACAACUGGGACUGGUCGCCAAUGCACGUGACAACCACAUGCAAAAACAAUUGCAAAACAACUGAUAUUUUGUACAAGGUGCUAGGUAUAUUAAGUCACAACAGAAACUCUUUCCUGAACACGUGCAUAUUCCUCAGAAUUUUACAUUGAGGACGUGUCUGGCUGUUCAUAAUGGAGGGUGGGCCGAUAUUAGAGAUCAUGAAAUGUGUCUGAGGAUUUUCAAUAACCAGUCCAUGUCUACAGACGAAUUGAGUAAAAUACAUCAAAAGUUGUUUAGCUGAUCAUUACAUUUAUUUCCAUUAAAUUUAACUUUAUUUUCUUGCUUACAUUGAAUUAGGUUUCACCGAUGCUUUUCUGCAUACAUUCGUAAG